AGCAGUGGGGCUCCAGUUGGCUGUGUGCGCUCAGACGCACAGACGCAAGCAUCCCACUGGCUGGAGUUGGAGGACACUCGCCUGUUUGGCUUCCACCGCUGCUCUGAUUACUGAUCCCUUGUCUUUCUCUCCCGGCGGUGAGAAGACCACCCGCACGGGAGGAAAAGAAAGAAAGAAAAAGAAUCGCUUCUUUUGUAUAGACUACUUAGAGCCCGAAAAAACUGUGCCGAAGCGGGACUGGACACUCUUUUAUUUGGAGGGGAAAUUAUUUGUCACACGAGGCGAGCUGGAUCUGGUUUUGUACAGCGGAGCGCACACCGACUACGUCUUUUCAAUGGAUUUCAGUACAGUGGAAGUACCCUGGGAAUUAAACUACUGUUAAGUCGCCUUUAGUCCGCAAAUUUCGUUCCAAUAAGGGUUUAUGUUUCACAUGGAGAGGAAGACAAUGAUCCUCUCAGUGUUGUAUGUCCUUCUGCCUCUUUUAGAUGUGCUGUCGUACGCCGAGGAGAAUGUGCGUGCCGGGGCCACCCGGCUGGACUGUGUGCGGGCCAGUGAUCAGUGCAUGAAGGAGCAGGUGUGCAGCACCAAGUACCGCACGAUGAGGCAGUGCGUGGCCGGCGGCAAGGAGAGCAACUUCAGCAUGGUGGGCGGCCUGGAGGCCAGGGACGAGUGCCGGAGCGCCAUGGACGCGCUCAAACAGAGCCGGCUGUACAACUGCCGGUGUAAAAGGGGCAUGAAGAAGGAGAAGAACUGCCUGCGCAUUUACUGGGGGAUCUAUCAGACGUUACAAGGUAAUGAUUUCUUGGAGGAUUCUCCAUAUGAACCCAUGAACAGCCGUCUAUCUGACAUUUUCCGCCUGGCUCCCAUCAUGGGUGAGCCUGCAGUGGCCAGAGAGAACAACUGUCUGAAUGCUGCCAAGGCCUGCAACCUGAAUGACACGUGUAAGAAGUAUCGCUCAGCCUACAUCAGCCCCUGCACCAGCCGCGUCUCCACUGCUGAAGUCUGCAACAAGAGGAAGUGCCACAAGGCCCUGCGGCAGUUCUUUGACAAGGUUCCUCCGAAGCACAGCUAUGGCAUGCUGUACUGCUCAUGCCCGCUCAGCGACCAGACAGCAUGUUCAGAACGCAGGCGUCAGACCAUCGUCCCUGUCUGCUCGUACGAAGAAAAACAGAAACCCAACUGUCUCGAACUGCAGGCCUCCUGCAAGACCAACUACAUCUGCAGGUCACGACUGGCUGACUUCUUUGUCAACUGCCAGCCGGAGCCACGCUCGCUGUCGGGCUGUCUGAAGGAGAACUACGCAGACUGCCUCCUCUCAUACUCGGGUCUGAUUGGUACCGUGGUGACUCCCAACUACCUGCGCUCGCCCAAAAUCAGCGUCUCCCCCUACUGCGACUGCAGCAACAGUGGCAACAACAAGGACGAGUGUGACAAGUUCACCGAGUUUUUCACCGAGAACACCUGCCUCCGUAAUGCCAUCCAGGCCUUUGGCAAUGGGACAGAUGUGGGAGUGUGGCAGCCAAUGUCCCCUGUCCAGACCACCACCUCCACCACCACCCCCUACAAGAGAAACCGCGAACGCAACCCCAACAGCAUCGACAACAACAUCAACACAGACCCUGGCAUCUACCACUUCUGUGGCAGCCUACAGGCUCAGAAAUUGAAGUCAAACUCCUCUGUCGAUGGCGUCUUCUGUGUGGACACUCAGAUAGACGGUUCGAGUACGUCCAACACCAUCCUGAGGAACUCGGCUGUCUCCAGACGGCCUGCGGGCCUGGCCUCUCUGCUGCCCCCGCUGCUCUGGCUCUGGUACUACCGCCCGCUGGCGCUCUCCUCGCCGGCCGUCUUGUAGCCUCGCCGCUUCACAGCAACAAACUACAACGGACUGACAAACACACAUUUGUAUAAAAGAAAAAGCAAAACGAGAAAUGAUAUCCUUUCUUCUCAGUAAUACCUGUUGUACUUUUAUUUCCCUCUGGAUUCUAUCUCUCUUUGGAUUCCUACUUUGUUUUUUUUUAAUGAAUUUUGUUUGUUGUUGUUUUUUUUGCAUUGCACCUGUGUGCUAAAACGGUGAUCUAUACGUGUUAACUCAGUUUGGCUGUGUGUUCCCUUUUGGGUUAGUUGAAAAAUGAAAGGGAUUUAAAGCUUCUGUGUUGCUCUCUUUGGGCCGAAAAUGAGAAAAUGCUCGAGGACUACAUUCCAAUAAACCACAGCUGGUGGCUGUUGGAAAGGUACUUACAAUGUAAAUUUUA